GGUUGGCGGACGGUCAUGAAAGUGACAUUGUUUCUUAUACGAUGUAGCGGUGGCAAAAUGACACAUUGGAUUGUUCUCUUUAUUUUGAUCGCCGCUCAGUGCGCUACAAGUGUGGUUGUGGAUCGUUGUUCACAUUGUGUCGGCGAAGGGUAUGAAUGUGUUGACGGUUACUGCUACUGCUCUGAUGGCUACAUACCUGAUGUAAAUCGUAAUAAAUGUAUCAGAUGUCCAGGUUUGGGAGAAUCGUGCGCGGGCACAUGUUGCAGCCCCCACAACAACGAAACACUUCAAUGUUGGCAAGGGAUCUGUCGAUCAUGUUACGAGUCUCUGGGGAAUUGGAUUUGCAGAGACUCCAAUGAUCAGAUCAUUUUAAUAUCGAGCUCUCAAAUCGUCAUGGCGGUGGCUCUCGUCCUCGGCAUCAUAGCCACAUUUUCGUUGAUGUACAAGCUGUGUAAAGUACACACGUUAAGAACCGCGAGGACCUCUUCCGUCGAAAGCAGGUUGUCGAUAGACAGUUUUCAGAUCUACGUGGACUCCAGAUUGAGAGACGCGCCACCGAAGUAUUCAAGCACUGCCCCCGCGGGGUCCUCAAUAUACCCCGCAGCUAUUUAUUUCAACGCUGGAUUUAUACACGAUAAUAGCCUACCACCUCCAUUAUAUACAGAAGAAAGAAAAGACCAGAACGUACCAAAUAACGCCAUUUGCCAUAUAUAGUAUUAUAAGAUAUAAUAAAUACUGUAAUUAAGUAAGAUUUUUAUAUAAGGUCUGCUUAGUAUUAAGGAAAAAUUAUAUGAUUUUUAUGAUGGAAUGAAGCCAAGCGUAAAACAGUAUUAUUUAGAGUAAUAUUUUUUUUGUAUGUAAAUAAACUCUUUAUAUAAGCGUUUCAUUAAUUUGGAUUCUUUGUACUGUAUUUUAUCAAAAUAAUUAAAAUUAAUAAUCAUCCUUCUUGCACGUCAAUGGUGUCUGAAAAAUUAACGCAUCGGCGUUAAAGAACGUACAUAAAAAUAUUUUAAUUUUAAAAUGUUUCAAAGAUAUUAAUCAUAUUUUUCACAUCCGCAAGUACAUAUUUGAACAAAAAUAUUUUUAUUUUUCGGUCUUAUUUUUAUUUAUAUCAUAAGUAUUGUAUUAUUUUACCAGACGUUUCGUUUAACAUAAAACAACAAUGAUCACGGAAGGCAAGAUGACAAGAGUUCAAUUAUUUAAAUUCAAAAACACAAUUUUAUUUUCCGGGGCCAGUUUAUAGUACAAACUUUAAUGUUUGGGGACAUGUCAGAACCCCUCCAAACAAACAGCGAAGCAUAAACUCACAGCCAACUUAUUUAGUUUCCAGUUCGCUACUUUAUUCUGUUUUGAUUUGUACGAGACGAACAAGAUAGUAGUUAUAUGAUAAUUAAAAUGAAAUAAAAAUUCUAGAUUCAAUGA